UUUAACCAGAGGCCUGCUGAAGUUAUUCAGGACAGCUGUCAGCCGGCAUGCUGGGUGGGGCCUAUUUAGCCAGCAGGGGCACCAGUUUGGAGACCCCAAGCUUGGUCCUUCUGUCCCAGGACUGUCAACGGCACCAGCUACAAGGCUCGGGUCUCCUCCUGAAGGUGCCACAGCCCCACGAUGAUGACUGAAGAGCACUCGGAUCUGGAGGCCCGGAUCAUCAAGGACAUUCACUGCAAGGAGAUAGACCUGGUGAACCGCGACCCCAAGAAUAUCAAUGAGGACAUUGUGAAGGUAGAUUUUGAAGAUGUGAUCGCAGAGCCCGAGGGCACCUACAGUUUCGAUGGUGUAUGGAAGGUGAGCUACACCACUUUCACCGUCUCCAAGUACUGGUGCUACCGCCUGCUGUCUACCCUGCUGGGUGUGCCACUGGCCCUGAUCUGGGGCUUCCUGUUCGCCUGUAUCUCCUUCUGCCACAUCUGGGCCGUGGUGCCCUGCAUUAAGAGCUACCUGAUCGAGAUCCAGUGCAUCAGCCACAUCUACUCACUGUGUAUCCGCACCUUCUGCAACCCGCUCUUUGCUGCGCUGGGCCAGGUCUGCAGCAACAUCAAGGUGGUGCUGCGGAGGGAAGGCUAAAGCCAGGCUGGGCUACGGGGGCGGCUGGGCAGGAGAAAUUAGGCCGGGUGAGCCCCGAGGCUCCACUCCACGUGGGCUGCCGGAGAGCUCAUUCUUUUGAGGGUCCUUUCAAUUUCACAUCAAGAUGGGAACACAUGGGGCAGGGGAGCCAGAAGGAAUAGACAACCCCGUGUGGAAGCAUAGACACCUUCGCUCUGCUCAGCCCGCCAUGAUCCCCUGUGAGCCUGCCUGAGGGCAGAUGGUUUAAGAGGCAGCUACCGCAAGGCUUUGCGUUCACAUGUACUGUAAUACCACAAACCAGAGCUAGUCCCCUAGAGGUUUGAUACGGCUCCUCAUGCAAAAGAGGGCAAGCAGUGACUGCAGGCAUGAGGAGGGUGCUGCAAUAAAGGGUUUCUGCUGCACCGGGGAAUACCAUGCUUCUCCUGUCCGUGACUUGGUGGUGUGUCCUUUUCUGGCUCUGAAAUCUAGAAAAUUCAGUUGGAGCUCUGGGCAACUUGAACGCUAGCACCAAGUUGUGUUUCCUUUAGCCUUCUGCUUUUUUGCUGGGCCUAGGGUCUCCCAUAUGAAGAGACUGUUUUUACAUGGCUUCCGAUGUCCCUGAGGCUGCUAUGACUACUCAGAGCAAGUGAGCAACCCCAGAUGGGUCUCAAACCUCACAGAAUCUCCCUUCUGGCUCAGAAGACACUGAGCCCAGAGCAUACGUGUCUUUGCCAUAUGACAUGUGUGCACUGUCAGCCCUAACAGACGCCAUGAGUGUCCGAGGCCCAGGGUGUACAUAUCUGAACUAGCUAUGAAAAUGUG